GCUGGUGGUCAUUAAAUUAAACUCUGGUUAGUAUCCAGAGCGCCUUUCCCAAUGGAGGAGCGUCUACAGCGGACCGGUUGCCUUCGGAAAUCUUUCGAGAGAAUACAUCUUUUUCAUUGGACCUCCUCUCUCCUGAUGUAAGGAUCUACUUUUUGAAAGGACUAGUUUAACUUCCACCCCUUCGCAGCACCCGCGUUAUCGCACCGAUACCCCUCUGAUGUCCGCCCGGUAGCAGCCACAACCGCAGCUUCCCCAGACCCCCAUCGCGUGCCACUUGCCAAUGCAAACCAAGCGUAAGUGGGGAGAAGCGCUCCGUAGGUCUCCCUCCUCCAUGGCCUCUUUUCCCUCCAUCCCAUCCCCCCUUCCCCUCCUCUCCCUCUUCCUCCUCCUCUCCAUCCCUCCAGUGGCUCCUAUCCAGCCCCAAUGGCCCCUGCAACGCGUGCCUGUGGUCUUACCCCAGGUGACAGAGGACCGACCCGCCCCUCACUUCCAGGCUGACGCCCGAUUGGACGUCACCUCCCCAUGUGACCCAGAAUGCCACAAGAAGGCUCUUCCCCCCAGCUACUGGGACCUGCGUAGCAUCCUGUCAUACGAGACACUCCAUAGCAACGGUCGCCUCACCGAAACCGCCGUGGGGAUCUACGGGUACACCGCCCGCACCCAGACCACGCCGGCACUGCCUUCCCGACGCAAACGUCAGAUCUUUGGCCAUGACGGGCGUUUCAGCAUUGUAGGGCAAGACUUCCUGUUGAACUACCCAUUCUCUGCAGCGGUCAAGCUGUCCACCGGGUGUUCCGGAACACUGGUGGGCGACCGGCACGUUCUGACUGCCGCCCACUGCGUCCACGACGGGAAGAACUACGUGAAAGGGGCGCAAAAGCUCCGGGUGGGUUUCCUGAAGCCAAAGCAGCGUGACUCUCCCAAUCCGGCCUCUGCCACCAAUGCAUCCAACACCCAUCCAUCACCCCCAGAUAAGAUGAAGUUCCAGUGGAUUCGUGCCAAGCGCACCCACGUGCCCAAAGGCUGGAUCAAGGGCAACGGCAACGACAUCGGAAUGGACUACGACUACGCCUUGUUAGAGCUCAAGAAGGCCCACAAACGACGCCACAUGAAGCUGGGCGUCUCCCCGCCGGCGAAGCAGCUGCCCGGGCGCAGGGUCCAAUUCUCCGGCUAUGACAAUGACCGGCCGGGCCAGCUGGUCUACCGGUUCUGCCGGGCUGGAGAGGAGACGCCAGACCUGCUCUACCAGCACUGUGACGCCCAGCCCGGGGCCAGCGGCUCGGGGAUCUACGCUCGUAUGUGGGACCGGAGGAGGCGGCGCUGGGAGAGGAAGGUGAUCGGGGUGUUCUCAGGGCACCAGUGGGUGGAUCGAGACGGGGCGUCGCAAGAGUUUAACGUGGCGGUGAGGGUGACGCCUCUGAAAUACGCCCAGAUCUGCUACUGGAUCAAAGGAAACUAUGUAGACUGCCGAGAAGGAUGAGGAAGAAGUGGACAUGUCAUGCACAUACUGUACACACACACAAACACGGAGGAUUGAUGGAGGACAAAGGGGGUCUUCACUUCCCUUGCUGAGGAAGUUGACAAGUGGACACGUCAUUCACACACAUGCAGAACACACUUCAUCAUGCAUUAAUACUGUUUCAUUACUGACACAUACCAUCGUUCUGCAUGCAGAGACAUCCCUCCCAACACACAACUAGAACGACUCACAUUUACAUCCAGGAAGUCCUACUGUACAUACAUACAUCCUCACUAACCCUUUCCAUCGUACAUUAAAUCAAAUGUAAAAAAUGUAUUCGUGCCCUUCUUACUGCAUGAUCAACACUGUGCUUUGAAACACAACUGAAAGGUGUUAUGACUGAGCUUCAGAAGAUGGCUCUUGACCAGGGCUUCCCUGUACUUUAGAAGAUGGCUUUGACCAGGGCUUCCCUGUACUUUAGAAGAUGGCUUUGACCAGGGCUUCCCUGUACUUUAGAAGAUGGCUUUGACCAGGGCUUCCCUGUACUUUAGAAGAUGGCUUUGACCAGGGCUUCCCUGUACUUUAGAAGAUGGCUUUGACCAGGGCUUCCCUGUACUUUAGAAGAUGGCUUUGACCAGGGCUUCCCUGUACUUUAGAAGAUGGCUUUGACCAGGGACUCCCUGUACUUUAGAAGAUGUCUUUGACCAGGGCUUCCCUGUACUUUAGAAGAUGGCUUUGACCAGGGACUCCCUGUACUUUAGAAGAUGGCUUUGACCAGGGACUCCCUGGACUUUAGAAGAUGGCUCUUGACCAGGGACUCCCUGGACCAGCGUGUUAUGACUGAGCUUUAGAAGAUGGCUUUGACCAGGGACUCCCUGUACUUUAGAAGAUGGCUUUGACCAGGGACUCCCUGUACUUUAGAAGAUGGCUUUGACCAGGGACUCCCUGGACCAGCGUGUUAUGACUGAGCUUCAGAAGAUGGCUUUGACCAGGGACUCCCUGUACUUCAGAAGAUGUCUUUGACCAGGGACUCCCUGUACUUCAGAAGAUGGCUUUGACCAGGGACUCCCUGUACUUCAGAAGAUGGCUUUGACCAGGGACUCCCUGUACUUCAGAAGAUGUCUUUGACCAGGGACUCCCUGUACUUCAGAAGAUGUCUUUGACCAGGGACUCCCUGUACUUCAGAAGAUGUCUUUGACCAGGGACUCCCUGUACUUCAGAAGAUGUCUUUGACCAGGGACUCCCUGGACCAGCGUGUUAUGAUGGUGAAGAGAACAUUUAAUGCACUGAAAGAAAGGAUGAAAUAGGAGGAACAAGAAGAUGUGUAAGAGAUUGGUGGAGCCAGAUGCAGUUUCACUGCUAAUUCUAUAGAUUGUCAGAGCUCUGUUCUGUUAUUGCCAAUGAAUGUAACCCUGUCAUCAACCAAAGGUGCUACCCUGCUCUUAAAUGUAAACUCAAGGUAUAGACUGUCACAGUACAAACGGUUGGUGUUUCAAAUGGACCCAAGUAAAAUAUCCAUAGCUCCCUCUGCUGGGCCAAAUACAACACUACUACAGGCCACUUUGAUGACAGCAGAGUGUUGACUCUGGAACACUGACCCUCAACUACUCAUGAUAUGCACUUUGUCAAACCUUAUGGGUGAGCUAUUUUUCUGUUUCAAAAACAAUUGUGCAGCACUAUAUAUAUAUAUAUCAACUUUAUAAUGCUUUGGAAUAAAAUGCACAAAUGCGG